UUUUCCAUAUUUGUUGUAGUUUAUGGGGUCCUCGGGGACCUGUUGAGAUCAGGAUCCUUGAGGCUCCUAUCGAUUUCCGCGGGAAGAUCCUCACUUGCACUACCGGCGUUGCACAGUGAAUGGUGUAGCUAUGUCUGGUGAUGCUGUAGUCGUCGGUCCAAACAGCGCGUGCCACUUAGUGGUGUUUGUUGAUGUUGAGGCUGUUUCUGGUGAAUAGCUCAACAGUUACGAUGUCGAGACCAUCGUAACUUGGUUGAUUCAGAUGCAAUUCCUUGGUUGAAAUUAAGAGCAACAGUUGACAUAAACGGCGUCUUGAUGAUACCAACUCCAAGUCAUGAUUUAGCAAGAUGUGCACCUCAAGGAAGAUGUGUGGUGUGGUGACACGGGAGACAACGGUCUUGCACUCAAGCAACAACCGAGAAUUCGUUCAGGUUGAUUCAAAGCUACCGGAGAAAUCAACCAUCUGCCUACACGUCAACGCCAAGGCAACUCAUACGUGUAACAUCAUUUAAUUGCAUGACAAGGGUAAGAAUCAGCACAAAUAUUCAGGAGGGGUGGAGGAAUACUGACAGUAUCACACUCCAGGCAAGAGGUCCGGCCAGAUUCUUAAAGUCUGUCAGCGCGGCAAAAGCGAUCCCAGUUUUCCUUGGCUUGCUUGCUUUGCAUCCAAGAUAGCAGCUUUCGUGUCCUCCCUCUCUCUCUCUCUCUCUCCCUCUCUAAGCCUCCCUAUGAUGUACAUAUAUAAAUAUGAUGCAAUGCUUAGCUUAGGACAUAAGCUUGUAAGCUCGACAGCAUAAGGCUGCACCUGAAACAAAAGGGACCUCAGUUCUCCCACAUUCGGCUGCGCACCAUGGAUGAUGGGACGAGACAAUUGAGGGUCCGGUUCUCUGGCGUAGGACAUGAAGACCAGGGCGGAGGCCAGACCAGAACGAUGCCAUCACAGCAGCAAGGCGCACUUUUCGGAAGAGAUCAACUGAGCAAAGGUGAAGAGUAUGAUGCUGCGUACGCGGCAACGGUGGCAGCGGUGGCGUACGCCAUUGCUGCAAUGGAGGAGGAGAAGGUGCCAUCUCAAGAGAGGAAACCUGUUCCAGAAAGAGUGGCAUCUCGGAAGAAGCAGGUACCGGUCCAUGUGCCAGCCGCCGCAGCCCCGCCUCUCGAUCUGCCACCUCCCAGGAGAGGCGAGAGCAUGAAGAGGCCAGUUGAUGGGAGCAAGAUCUCGAGAUGGUUCAGCGGUAAAGAGCACCUCGUUGAAGAUGGUGAUGACGACCAACGAGCGAAUGUUUCGGUGCGGAGGCCGGUGAAGAUGCCGGAGCAGAAGAAGCCGGAGGGUGUAGCUCCAUCUGGCCAGAACGUGGUGGGGAAGGUGGUCGACUCCGUCCCCAGCCUGGAGAGAGAUCCAAGGAAGAGGAGCAGGAAGUUCGAGCAGGAGCAAGCAAAUCAGAGGCCGGCUGUACCCGAGGUUCUCAACCCGAGGGCCUCGUUUCCACGGGAGAGGAAAGAGAGCAGGAGAUACGAGCAGGAGACGGCGAACCAGAUGGCGCCGCCGGCAGGCAGGCCAUCGGGACCGGCUUAUUCGAGUGACGCGGAGAGGAUGGCGGCUGCGUGGGAGAAGGAGAGGAUGACGAGAAUCAAGAUGAAGUACAAUGAGACGAUGCAAACCAUUGCCGAAUGGGAGGAUGAGAAGAAGGCCAAGGCCAGGCGCCAAAAGGAACCCAGAGAGGGAGAUUCGGAGAGUAAGCGAGCCAAGGCGCUGCAGGAGUACAACGAGGAGAUGAAGAGGAUCAACAAGGUGGCCACCGCGUCGAGGCUGACGGCGGAGGAGAAGAAGAGGACCGCCGAGGGCAAGGUCCGGCAGAAGGCGGCCAAGAUCCGGUCGACGGGAAAGCUUCCUCGGUCGUGUGGCUGCUUCUGAAACCAUGGAUGCCUGAAUAUGUGUGCCAUUAAGCAAUGACACACAGGGAGUACAUCUUAGAAAAAUCAGAAAAACUACGGCACUAUAUUUAUUACUACUGCAACCAAUCAAAACUACAUUAAGAAUAAUGACAUCCAAUAGAAAGAGCUUAACUGCUUCGUUUUA